UCGAGCCAUAGGGGCUUGCACCUUACUUUUUCACGGCGAGCUUUGGAAAUCAUGCUUGCAAAAUGCGAAAACAUCCGGGAUGCUGUGAAGUCUCUUAUUACCGGUUUCUGGAUCACUUUUAGCGUCUGUUCCGUAGGGGUUCACGGCCAGGAGGGUAAUGGCUGUGGACAUACAGUACUGGGCACAGAGUCUGGCACGCUGGCCUCUCAGAGCUAUCCGGGCACCUACCCCAGCAACACCUGGUGCAAGUGGAGGCUUCGUGUUCCAGAGGGGCGCACGCUGCGACUCCUGUUUGGGGAUUUUGACGUUGAGAGCAGUCCAGGCUGCAGCAACGGCUCUCUUGUGAUCACAGACAAGAACGGCGACCUCAGUCUGGGUCCAGUGUGUGGGAAGCUUGAUGCAUCCCAGAAGAAUGUGACACUGAACAGCAAUGAAGUGACAAUAAGCUUCAAGUCUGGCCCGCACCGCUCUGGACGAGGGUUUCUACUGUCCUAUGCCACGGACCAGUAUCCAGAUCUCAUUUCUUGUUUACAACGAGGAUCUCAUUUUAGCUCAGAGCAGUUGAGUGUGUACUGUCCUGCUGGAUGUCAGAAUGUCACAGGGGAUGUUUGGGGAAACUCUGAACUGGGUUACAGAGAUACCUCAGUCCUUUGCAAGUCUGCAGUCCACGCUGGAGCUGCGUCUAAUAGUUUGGGAGGUCGUGUCACUGUGAAACGUGGGAGAAGUCUCACACUCUAUGAAUCCACCUUUGCCAAUGGGAUCCUUUCAAAAAUGGGAUCAUUAUCUGAAAAGAAGCUGCUCUUCAGCAAAGAAUGCGACAACUUCCUGAGUGUUUCGGGUUUAAAUGCCUCAUCUUUCUGGGAUAAAAACAGUCAAGAGCAUGCAAUGUUCUGGUCCUCCAGAAACAUGGGUUCCAGCCACGAGUUCCUACCCUGGGCAGCAGGCGGUAAUGAUCCGACCCCGUGGGUGGAGCUGGAGCUGAGUGAUAGAAGCACUAUCACAGGGAUAAUAACAACGGGAACAAAUGAGUACUACAUAGAAUCCUACAUUCUUUUUAUCAGUAAGGACAGAAAAAAUUGGAAGCUUUCCAAAGAUGCUCUCACCAAAGAAAAAAAGGUGUUUCAGGCCUAUACAGAUGGCCACCCCAGGGUUCUCAACAGCUUUUUCCCCCCUGUGGUGGCUCGGUUUGUGCGGCUACAGCCACUGAGCUGGCAUGGCAGAGCCUCCGCCCAGGUCCGAGUCCUGGGCUGUCCUGUUGCAAAGCUAACACCAAGGUUACGCUCAGCUGCUGAAACUCCCACCAUCAAAGUUAACACGCGUACCACAAGCCCCAGCCCCACUCCCACCCCCACAGAGGGCCCUGUGUUAGUGGAAACAAGACUGAGUUCCAGUCAGCCAGUGAUAGUGGCAGUGGGAGUGGUCCUGGCACUGCUAAUGUGUGGCAGUUGUUUGUUGGCUGGAGUCUGGUGGAAGCGAAGGAAAAAAGAUUCACAGAUGAAGUACUCCUUACCCACAAUAGGCUGUCAGAGUUUCCAGGCGAAGAGUCUCUCCUGCCCACAAUCAGAGCUUAUCUCCUACCCUCUGGAGCGAAAUGUCCACGAUGCUCUACCCAGCCCUCCUCUUAAUGACUAUGCUGAGCCUGGUAUUGGAACUAUUGGACAGAAGGUUGGGUCAACAUUUAGACCCUCCUCAGAUGAGGGCUACACCACCCCCUUCACCUUCAACCAUUAUGACACUCCUGGCAACCUGCCAGAGUACGCCGAGCCUCUUCCCCCUGAGCCUGAGUAUGCCACCCCAUUCAGUGAGCAGCCUUCUGAGCCACACGGACCUCCUGUACCAGCACCUAAUAGUGGUACCAGCAAAGCAUCCAGCCACGCUCAGUAUGACUGCCCCUCACACAGGAUGCUCUCCAACGGCUACUGCACUCCUGCUCUACAUGCCAGUGGCCCACGACCUGUCAGUGUGGUCUACGCUGAGCCCAAGUCAUGUGACUUAUUACUACAGAAGCACACAUAUGAGGAGCCGUUGUGAGCACAGCAAGCUCGGACAUGGAGAAUAAAAAGACUCCCCUGAGCUAAAAUAUGUGUUGGGACCAGAGAUCCACUUGGGUUGAUCUCCAGUGGACAGCAAGCUGGACAGUGCUGUCCAGACUGUACUAAUGCUGACAGAGCUGAACGUCCAGUGAGUGAUGUGCCUGAAGUUGAGAAGUCACUUUGGACCACUAUGCAUAUAUAUGAGGACACACCACUCAGAGUACACAAUGAUCUGAGAGCCAUAUGGAUGCAAAGAUCUCCUCCCAGGAAGUAUGUAGUUGUACAUUACAAAUAUCCUGUGAUGCACAAAGAAAAUGCAAGUUCAGUCCUGCCUCAGAGAUACUGUUUAUUGAUGAAAUGUUUAAUCACAAGCUGCACUUUCAGAAAACACAUACAGUGAUGUAUGUCUAUUUAACAGGUUAAUGAAAAAAAACAAAGUGGGUUGAAUGUUACUUGUCCUGACAAAACAUUGUAUUCACAAUGUAUAAUUUCAAAAUGUUAAACAACAUUUAAGAAGCACUAUAAAUGGUACACUGUAACAAAGUGGUUAAGAUUGUCGCUAUGAUUAUGUAUAACCACUAGGUGGCUCUCUUGAGCUUUAAACAUCUAACAACAAUGUACAGUAACAGUUUGUCUGCUGGUUUCCUCACAGAAUUAUCAAUUUUUAACACAUAGUAAAGUAACAAACAUUGGUUUAAAGCAUAUGCUUGAAUUAUAGUGUAACACAGAAAGGCACGCCAGGUAAGGUGAUGUCAUGAUUAGGCUGGAGGACCCUGUGAUUCAACUCACUGCAGUGUCCUUGAGAAAGACACACAUACCUCAACUAAACUCCAGAGCAAGAUUAAUCUUGCUGCCAACGAGUCUGGAAAAGAGAGUUCUUUCUUUCUGAUGGGUUAAGAACAUCACAAAACCAUAACAUUAAAAAACAAUCCCAUUAUGUGGUCUUACUGUAAUACUUACUGUGAACUUUCCCACAAGUAAGAAACACUUAGUAAAGUUAACUCUGUAUUCCAUACUUACUUACUUAUUUACUGCAAAGUCCAUUGGAUUGUCCUUAUUUUUGUAUGGAAAAUAUAGGUCUUAAACAGAUUAAAUAAUUGAAAUAAACUGAUAUGACAUUGCCGCUGUUCAGACUGAUCAUAUUAAAGGAAAAAAUACAAAAAGAUGAAGAAAAUAGAUAGAAAACUGUACUUUGUCCUGUUACAGGGGUCAGAUGGCAGUGGUGGUCCUUCAUAAUAUCUGAAAACGUUACUAAAAGACCAUCAAACGUCAUUUUCCGGGAAUACUUCUGUGGUGUCACAUUUAGUGAUGAGUUUGCUAACCUCCUCCUCUGCUGAAUAAGGCACAAUAAAACAAGUGUAUUAAGAAAAAUACUUCAGGAGUUGGCCUGGUGUGUGAUUGCAGCAGCAAGGUUUUUAAGGUUAUUCUAUGGUUAAGGUUAUUUUAUUAUGCAAUGAAUCUGCAGCAAACUAACUAGGAAACCUCAGUAAUAGAAAAA